ACAAAGCUAAGUUUUUUCUUUCUCAGAAUAGUAUGAUGUAAUUGGAAUUAUCAGGAAAUUUGGGAUAUAACUUAAUAUUAAUGUGGGGCAGAAUAGUAAGUUCAGUUAGUUCAGUUUUGGAUAUUAAUCAAGCAACGCUAAGUGGAUGUAUAGAUAUCAUUGUUGUACCACAAGCUGAUGGAACUUUCCAGAGUACCCCAUUUCAUGUUAGAUUUGGUAAAGCAAAGUUAUUAAAGAGUCGUGAGAAAGUAGUAUCUAUAAAUGUGAAUGGGAAGGAUAUCGAUCUUAAGAUGAAGUUGGGGGCAGCUGGUGAGGCCUACUUUGUUGAGAAAAUAGAUUUGUUAGAUGAUAACUGCAAUAGUUCAGCUUCUUCUAUAGAGUCUCCAGUAAUAUUUCCAAGAGAUAUUGAUGCUCCGACUCCACCUCAUCAUUCAUAUACUUGUAAAGAACAAAUUGCGUCUUCACAAGGUAUGUACAAUCCUUCAAUUUUGAAAAAUAAAAAAGUCAUUUUUUCAUCAAGCUAUAGGAAUGAGAGUAAUGCUGAAGAAUCUGAUUCUAUACUUUUUCUGAGGACUGGGGAAGAAUUAGGUGAACAAUUUCACAACGGUGCAAGUAUUUCAUUUUCAUUAUGUGGUCACUUACUAUAUGGAACUUACGAUGACCAAAUUCAUGAUAACGAUGUUUUUCAAGCUAAUUUAAUAAAUUCUGAGCAAUUUCAGAGUGAUAUAAAUAUUUGGUAUCAUCCUUGUUUAGUAGCUCGCUUAAACAAUAAACCACCUUAUUAUCCUAUAAAGGCGUUCUACCCUAUAUUAGCAUCUCUAUGUGCAUAUGGAAAGCCACUAUCACCUACUGCAUUGCAAAAGUUCAUUGGAAUAAUGGACUAUUCACAAUAUAAGUUACCACUGGCAAGUAAUAGAAUAAAUUUAAAAGAUCAUGAAGAUUACUCAAAUUAUAUCGGACCAUCAAAAUCAGAUGAAUAUCCUUCCUUAGAAUACACACCACUAUCUAACCAGCAAGUCGGUCAUUGUUUAUCAUCACCUGCUUCUCUAAUGCAAUAUGAUGAUGUUACAAAUAGUGAUGGUAGUUUGAUUGGUUCAUCUGUAUCGGCCUGCUUAUCACUGUAUGAACAAUCUUCUGUACCUAGUAGAGCACGCCACUCUUUGCGGCCUACUUCGGAUCAAUUAAGAGCUAUGGGGUUACACUGGGGGGCAAAUCGCAUAACAUACAGUGUUGAAUCAUCAUUACAGGGUAAAAAAACAGUUAGUGGUACAAUAUAUUUAUGGCCACCAAAUACGAAAAUUGUAAUUUCAGAUGUGGAUGGUACUAUCACGAGGUCAGAUGUACUUGGACAACUUAUGCCUAUUGUUGGACGUGAUUGGUCACAUCAAGGUGUAGCUGAAUUGCUAACCAAGAUUGAAGAAAAUGGAUAUAAAAUUAUAUAUUUAACUGCUAGAGCUAUUGGACAAGCAGAUGCAACACGUGACUUUUUGUUUGGACUUAAACAAACAGGCGACAGAGGGCAUUCAACAUUACCAGAUGGACCUGUUUUUCUUUCACCUGACAGAUUAUUUCCUUCUUUCAAGAGAGAAGUUAUUGAUAGGACACCCUACAUUUUUAAAAUAGCGGCUUUAAGAGAUAUAAGGAAUUUAUUUCCUAUAUACAGGAAUCCAUUAUAUGCUGGAUUUGGUAAUAGAGAUACAGACUACAGGGCAUAUUCCCAUGUAGGAGUACCUGAAGGUAAAAUAUUUAUCAUUGAUACUAAGGGUACUUUACAUCACAUCAAUCGGACUUAUACAAAGACGUAUGAAACAAUGACUGAAAUUGUUGAAUACAUGUUCCCUCCUAUUAAAUGCUUAAAGCUUGGAGCACUACGGGAUUCCUCUGAUAAUUGCCAAAGUACGAUAUCAGAUAAAUACUUUAUACCUACUAAAGAUGUGCCUGUCCAUACACUGGAAAGUACUAUAUUUGAGUGCCCUUGUGAUAAUGAACUGGAUGUUAUGGAUGAUCAGGUUCGUCGGAAUUACAAAUUAUUAACUCACACGGCUUUUGAAGGAGGCUUCGAUUGGCUAAUUUGUGCUUGUUCACUUAAAAGCAAUAGCACUUUUAAUGAAGAUCAAAUUGUUGUGAAAUAACAUUGAUACUUCGAUGAUUGCGAAGUGCAGUAAUAAUGCUUAUGAAUUACAAUCCUCCUUCAUUAUCUCUUGCAAGAAAUCUAAACAAUAGCGUUGUGUAUUUAUUGUUUAGCUUAAACUUGAGAUGUCUAGCCUGUUUAAUAUACUGAAUUAUAACUAUAAACUUAAAUCACUCCCUGUCUAUAUUUAUUCAGUAUAAUUCAUUUAAUUAUUGGAGAAUAGAUCCUGUGAAUAUGCCCACAAAUGAAGAUAACCCAGCAACCUGUAGGACUAAUGGCAAUAUAUUUCCAUGUCAUAUUACUUCCUUUGAAACUGCAGAGUUAUACAAUUCAGACUUUUGCCUUUCAGAUGCAACAUUGCAGUUUUGUUAACUUAUGCUAGAUAUACUAAGUAAAUAUUAUUUAACUAGUAGAACUUAUAUAAUGUAUGUCUGGGAGUUUUGAGUGUAAACUGAUUUCAAAAAUAGUGGAUUAUAUCACAUUCUAAAUUGUAAUAAUCUUCACUUUUUAAGUACGAAGUUGUGAUUUUGUUUAGGUAGUGCAGGAUUGUACAAUUUCAAAUAAUUUUUUUUAUUGGAAUUUAAGUUCUACUCUGCUACAGAUUUCCAAUAUAACGCUAAAUAGUUCAAUAGUAUAUCUGAAAAAGUCACUUUUAUAUAUUUGCACAAAUACAGCUUUCUUUGUUAAGUAUACAGAAAUAAUCUUCGUCAUAUUUAUAAUGUGUAUAGUUCUAUGAAAGUAGUGAACUUACAAUAUAACAAAAUGAUGCAUUUGCUGUUAAACCGCAACAGUGCAUGGGAGUGACUUUUAACUAUAGGAAAGACUUGUUAUUUAAAUUAAAUAUUAAAUCUUUCUAUUUGUAGGUUUU